AUGGAAAUCUUGGGCCGCAUCGUUGACCUGGAUGCCAAAGAGGAGGGUGUGGCCACGCGCAAACACGUCCUGAGCAUGCUGCCACCCCGGUGCAGCCCGGCCCUGAGGGAGAUGGAGCCGAAGGACCAGCAGCUCAUGCGUGGAGCUCACGAGGUGCGGGGGGAGGGGAAGGAGGAGCAGGAGAGAGCAUGGGCCGGGGGGGUCUCUGGUGUGCUGGGAGAAUCAGCAGCUGCCGCGGUGUCCUGCCCACAGGUAGUGCUGCGGAUCCGCCCACUCAGUGACACAGAACUGGAGGAAGGAGCCACCGUCAUCGCCCACAAAGUGGGGAACCAGAUGGUGGUGCUUAUGGACCCCGGCGAGGACCCCGAGGACACACUGCGCACACACCGGUCCCGGGAGAAGACCUUCAUCUUUGACACUGUUUUCGACCAGCAUGCAUCACAGGAAGACGUGUACUGUGCCACCACCCAGCACUUAGUGGAAGGUGUCAUUUCUGGGUACAACGCGACGGUGUUUGCCUAUGGCCCCUCAGGUGCAGGAAAGACCUACACCAUGCUGGGCACGGACACAGAGCCUGGCAUCUACCUCCAGACCCUCACCGACCUCUUCUGGGCCAUCGAGGAGACCCGGGACAACAUGGACUACAGCGUGUCCAUGUCUUACCUCGAGGUUUAUAACGAAGUGAUCCGGGAUCUCCUGAACCCCUCCUCGGGAUUUCUGGACCUGAGGGAAGAUUCCAGGGGCGGCAUCCAGAUAGCAGGCAUCACAGAGGUCUCCACCUCCCAUGCUGAGGAGAUCAUGCAGCUCCUCACCAAAGGCAACCGGCAGCGCACCCAGGAGCCGACGGCCACCAACAAGACGUCGUCGCGCUCCCACGCCGUGCUGCAGGUCACCGUGCGCCAGCGGAGCCACGGCGCAGACUUGGAGGAAGUGCACGUCGGGAGGCUCUUCAUGGUGGACCUGGCAGGCUCGGAGCGGGCGUCCCAGACCCAGAACCGAGGCAAAAGGAUGAAGGAGGGUGCGCACAUCAACCGUUCCCUGCUGGCACUGGGCAACUGCAUCAACGCGCUCAGCGAGAAGGGUGGCAGUCGGGCGCAGUACGUGAACUUCCGGGACAGCAAACUCACGCGCCUGCUGAAGGAUGCCCUGGGAGGGAACAGCCAGACAGUGAUGAUCGCCCACAUCAGCCCAGCCAGCACAUAUUUUGAGGAGUCGCGGAGCACGCUGCUCUACGCCUACAGAGCAAAGAACAUCAAGACCAGGGUCAAGCGCAACCUGCUGGAUGUGUCCUACCGCAUCGCGCAGUACACGGACGUCAUCUCCAACCUGCGCAGGGAGAUUGGACGCCUCAAAGCCAAGCUCGAGAGGCAGGAGAAGGAGAAGCGGAGCGGCCCUGCCGUCAGGGAAGUACAAGCCAUGAUCCCCGCCAACGACACAGAGGAGGAUAGCCACCUGCAGAUGAACAAGAUUCAGGCACAGCUCAUUGGGGCCUUCAAGGAGCAGUUGGAGAUGAGGCGCAGCCUGGUGGAGCUGGAGAAUACCAACAUUGAGCUGCACAUCGACACGUCCCGCCACCUGCUGACCAUUACAGACUGGGAGCGGGAGAAGACCCAGCACCAGACGCACAGGGACAGGACGCCCGAGAGAGACGAGGAGCCAGUGGAGCCCGACGCGGAUGGGGGCGAGGGCGAGUCCGCAGAGCCACACGAGGUGGCUCUGGCCAGAGAGGAGGUCAACAUGCUAUUAGCCGAGCAGCGGAAAACUGCGGCCCUCAAGGCCGGGCUGGAGCAGCGGCUGGCCAACGCCAAGAAGAAGGCCUCGCAGAUGGAGAAGCUGCUGCCCCGGCAGGCCAUCAGUGAGGACCAGAGGGAGGUGCUGCGGCUGCUGUGCAGGGCCCACGAGCUGGAGGUGGAGAACACGGAGCUGCAGGCCCACAGCCUGCGCAGGAAGAACCUGCUGUGCCAGAAGGACUUCGUGAUCCAGCGCUACCACCAGCACCGGCGGCUCUGCGAGCAGAUCAUCCAGGACCAGCAGCAGCUGAUUCGGGACGGUGGCGUCCCGGUGCCGGAGCCCCUGGCCCAGCGGUACCGCCUGUACUCCCGGGAGCUGGGCGAGGGUGCGCUGAACCGCCUGCUGCUGCUGCACUCGGUGAUGUCCAGCUCCCUGCGGGAUGGCUCUGUUCUGAGCAUCUCUCCCCCACCGGAGGAGUCCAGCCGAGACCAGCCGGACGACAGGAAGGACCUCCCGUGGGGCGCCCAGUUUGAGCUGCCACCGAUGCUGCUGGAGACGGACAGUGAUGGUUACAAGUCAUCGAAAGCCACACCAUCGAAAAAACCUGGAAAGCAAGAUUCGCUUCUCCCUCCAUCUUCCCUCCGCAUCCUGCUAACCCCUCCAAUUCACGAGAAGCCGAGCUCCCUGAGCGUGAAGAAUUUGGUGUCCAAGCUGUGCUCCCCGGCCGGCCUGGAGCUGGGACCCGUGCAGACGGCGGCGGAGGCUGGGCUGAGCGCGCAGGCCCUCAAGGAGAUGGCCGUGAGCACCAAGAGCAUCGCCCUCAUCGCGGCCACCCGGCGCUCCAAGGCGCAGGACCGCGAGGGCGGCAGCGGCCGCUCCUCCCUCCACCUGCCAGAGGAGGUGGCCCCGGACCCCAGCCCGGCAGACGGGAGGUGGCCCCACGUCAGCCCGUGCAGGGACCGCUCUGUGGAGAGGAAGGCCAGGAGGCGGCGGUCACCCUCGUUCACCUGGAGCGUGCAGCUGGCAACAGAGAAACUUCAGCCCCUCUCCGUGGACCGUGUGGCUGAGACCCAGCACCCCUCUGCACUCCCUCAGCUGUCAAAGUCGUCAGGAAAGAGCUUUUUCCCUGCUGUCCCUGCAGCCUCCAAGAUAAAACCCAGCCUCAGUUUCCAUGCAGAUGAGAACACUGUCCACGUGCCUGAGGUCAGCUUCACCUUCCCCAGCGCCAUGUGGCAGAGCAGCACAAGCCCGAGCAGGGUGCCCCUCCUGCCCCGGGACAUCCGAGGGUCUACAGACUGCGGAGGCCGACGCCACAGCCCACUGCACCCCAGCAACCUCCGCAGGCACCAGGGCAGCAGCGCCAAGAGGCCAAGAAGACCAAAAUAAAGAUGGCAGCAGGCAGAGCCGGGGGAAGGCCAGAGAGGCUGAUCUCGGGCGCUGGGGUCUCUUGCCCCAGAGUUGGAUUUGAGAGAUGGGGGCCCUGGCAGGGACACUUUGCGGGGGCAGCCCGCCCUAGGUUUCCACGGCCAUUUGCACAGUGUUCACCUCUCCAACCGCCUGCAGAAGCGGGGCUGUCCCUGGAGCAUCAGAGCCUUCCCCAGGACCCCUCACAGGGGAGCUAAGGGCCUUGUAUGGGUUGUUCCCAAUCACAGGUGCUCUUCCCAGGAUCACUCCACAGUGCGGUUUCUGCUUCGGGAGAAUGCUCUCUGGGGGCUGGGAUACCAGGCCAUCGCUCUCCAGGUCAGAAUCAGGCUGAGGAAGCCUCUGGGGACACCCGAGUAGCUGCCAGCAAGAGGAAGAGAAGAAUUUGUCCCCAAACUCCAUGUAUUAGUUGAGGUUCUCCAGAGAAACAGAACCAGUGUGUGUGUCUGUGUGUACACAGAAGAGGGAGAGGGAGAAAGGGAUUGAGAUUUACUUUAAGCAAUUCAUUCACGUGAUUGUGGGGACUGGCAAGUCCGAAAUCUGCAGGGCAGACUGGAGACCCAGGGAAGAGCUGAUGCUGCAGCCUUGAGUCUGGAGGCAAAAUUCACUCUUCCUCAGGGACCUCAGUCUUUUUUCCUUUCAGCCUUCGACUGAUAUGAUGAGGCCCACCCACACUGUGAGGGGUAAUCUGCUUUCCUCAAAGUCUACUAACUGAUUUCAAAGUUAAUCUCAUCUAAAAAAUACCUUCACAGCAACAUCUAGAUUGCCAUUUGACCACGUAUCUGGGUCCUGUGGCCUGGCCAAGUUGAUGCAUAAAAUUAACCCUCAUGCCCCACAAGCCUUGGGCAGCCUGCAGAGUGACACUGGUCCCCUCCUCAUGUGUACACAGGCUCCUGGACAAGCCAGCAUCAGGGAAAGAUGAGAAUGUUCUCCCAUUCCUAUGACCUACCCAUCCCCCACUGUGUUCUAAUGUCCCUCUCAACACCCCAGUUACGCAGAGAGGAAAAUGCUGCCAGCUGUUAGAAACAAGAUAGAACUGUCAAGGUGCAUGAAACCAGCCAUGUUAACCGGGAACACAAAAGUCCCGGUUCUAAUUGCAUUAGGAUUGUAUGAGCUUCAGUCAUUUUUUCCUCAAGAUAGGACAAAACCCAGAAAAUCUCUGCACGCUGGCCCGUGGGAGCUGGACCAUCACCUUGUCUGGCUAUGCUUUUGGCACUUGCUGUGGUUAUCAAACCCGCACCCUCAUCCCUUGCUCUCGGGUCACCUUGUUUGGAGGCCAUGGGGACCAGCGCCACCUCCCCUGUGGCAGGAGCCACGCUGGGCAGAGCACCUGGCAGGACCAAGAUGGGGAACAGAGACGAGCCCUGUGGAUUUUGGGAAUCGGCCUGUAGCACGUCAGGGCAGGGAGGUGGCGGUGGUGUUGUGGUCUCGUCCCUGAGUGGGAAGCGGGUCGUAUUGGACUAUGCGUGCCUGGCACGUGGUGGGGUCCCCAUAAGUGCUCUGCGAACUGCCCAGCUGGACGCCACGGCCUGGCCUCCCCCUUGCUGUAACCCCUGCUGUCAAGGAAGAUGUGCUAGGGGCUUCGUCAGAGCCGUGUUUUCCUUUCUGGUCUUCUUGAGGAGAGUGUGGAGGUAGGCAGGUGGGUCCUAUGAACCUUUGGGGGCUCUGCUGCCUGCUGUGCGGCAGACCUGCCAUGGCGCUGUCAGAGGCCCAUUUCCCUCGCUUGGAGGGAGGUGCAGAGCCCGGGGUGGGGGGCAGAGUGGGAGGACUUCUGCUUUCCUGCCCAGCUCCAGAUCCUGGGUGGGGCAGAAGUUGCUGGUUGCCUCUCUAUGUCUGCUCUCUUUCUUCCGUGAUAAUAGAACCCCCAAUUUUAGCUGGCCACAUGGCUCCCAAAAGAAAGACUAUAUUUCCCAGCCUCCUUCGCAGCUGUGUAUGGCCACGUGACAAAGUUCUGACAAAUGGGGUAUAGGCCAGAAGCAGCUGCUUCCAGGAAUCUUUAUCAUAAAGGAUAAUCAGCAUGUUCCUCACGCCUCUUUUCUUCUUCACUUCUUCAAUCCUGGAAUUUGAAUGUGAUGGCUGGAACUCUAGCCACCAUCUUGGGGCCAUGAGGGCAAAGGCCAUGCUCUAGGUAGGAUGGAGGGGGGAGCCGGAAGGAGCCUGGGUCUGUGAGGAGCAGAGAUGCCUCUCAGCACUGUGACAUCCUGCCUCCAGACUUUAACUUGAGAGAGAAUGUCUACCCGAAGACAUUGUGGUUUGGUGAACCUCAUCCUAGCUGAUAGAUGAGGGGAGACCCAGGCAGUUGGCAAGUCGUGGCUGGAGACGUCUCUGGUACUUUUGUGGAGUGACAGCAGAGGAGUAGAAAUGGCAGCACUGGGGGACGAGGCAUGGGGGUCAGGCAUGGCCCCUGAGUUGUUCCUGGGGUGGUGUGAGAGUACAGCAGAAACUUCUGGUCUUUCUACACCUCGUCUUGAGUCAGGUAUAAAAGUUGGCCAAGAGAGAGAGCUGUUGGAUCUCGGGAGUGGGGGUCUUCACUGUGAGGCUGUGGGGUGGCCCAUGCCUCUGAAAAUGAGCUAAAGAGGCACUUACAUCUCAGGGGGUCCCAGCCUCGUGAGGGGAGUGUAUUAGUCAGAGUUCCCAGCAAAACAGAACGAAUACAAUGUGUAUAUAUAGAGAAAGAGAUUUAUUUUAAGGAAUGGGCUCAUGCAAUUAUGGAGGCUGGCAAGGCCCAAAUCUGCAGGGUGGGCUGGCAGGCUGGAGACCGAGGGAAGGGCUGAUGCUGCAGUCCAAGUUCAAAUCUGAGUCUGGAGGCUGCCUGCUGCAGAACUCCCUCUUGCUGAGGGGGAGGUCAGCCUUCUAUCCUAUUCAGGCCUUCAACUGAUUGGACAAGGCCCACCUAUGUUAUGGAGGGCAAUUCACUUCACUCAAAGUCCACCAAUUUAAAUGUUAAUCUCAUCCAAAAACACCCUCACAGAAUGAUCCAGAGUAAUAUUUGACCACAUAUCUGGGCACUGAGGCCCAGCCAAUGGACACAUAAAGUUAACCAUCCCAGAGGGGGCACACCCAAGGGCCAGACAGGAGGCCAGCAGAGGACCAGGAAGAGCCAGGAUGGAGAAAUACACACCCCCUCUGUGCCAGCCACCGUCACAGCUGAGGAGGCCCUUGAGCUCGGGAUCAACCCGGGUGACAGCAGCCGAGGGAGGAUCUUGAAUUUGGCCCAGUGUGAACCCAAAAUGACUGAGGAAGAUUACACAAGCAUCGGAGUGUACACAGGGGUUCUAUUUGAGGACUGAGUUCAUGUGACCGUCGAAUUUGUGUCUGUGACAUAAAGAUCAUCCUGUGAUCUCACCACUUAACAAAAGAGAGAAAGUUAUAUAAAGUGAGAAAUAAAAAUGCCCUCCCUCAUCUCACGCCAUCUUGGAGGUAACUUCUCUUUAACAAUUGGGUGCGUGUUCUUCCCAAUUUUCCCUCAAAAUAAUCCAAGUUAGAAGGGUCUCAGUUUAGGUUCCCACAAAUGUGGAGACUGCGACAAGACCAAGGUGCAGGUGGUUGACCCUGAGGGCCAGGAGGCACUUGCAGCCCCUGGCAGUGGAGGGGGCCGUGGGGGCAUUAACCCUGCAGGGUGGGAGUCCAGGCAGUGGAGGGACCCAGGGCAGAGGAUGAACACUCAGGGGUGAACCUCAGAGCAAAGAGCACUGCAGCCAAUCAGAGCCGUCCACGCCUGCAGCGGGACUCAGAGGCCAGGCCCCGGGCUGUGAGCGCGGACCAGAGGCAUCUGGGACGAGAAAGUCCUGUACACACUCACUCACACUCUCACGCACACUGACACUCUCUCACCCUCACACACUCACACCCUCCCCCUCCCCCACACCCAUGCACCUGUCUCCAGCCCCCCUGCUGUCGCUCCCUCUGCCCCCUCUGCUCGGAGUGCCCUUCCCCACCCUCUCUCACAGCUCUGGGUCCUUCCCAAGCUCAGCACAGAAUCUCACCUCCCUAGAGGCCUCCUUUCCUUACCUGCUAGCCCCAUGCGCUCAGAGCCUUCCUGCUCACUGCACUUCCCCACCAGGUGACGACUGCCUUUCUGCAAGUGUCCCCACCUCUGCACCCCCAGCUCCUUGGACCAGGCCCUGCAUCAUCCCUGGCCCAGGGCAGGUGCUCAGGAAUGGCUGUGGAAUGAACGAAUGAAUGAAUGAGUGCAGACGCUGUGCUGAGAGCUGGAGCGACAGGGCUGGGGUGCUGGCCUGGGACAUCGUGGUGCUGUGGGAGAUCGGUCCCUCAGCAGACAGCGUGCAGCAUUAUGGGCUGUGCAGAUGUGUCCACACACCACGGUGGCCCUCCAGGGGCCUCGCUGUGUGUGUCCUGGGAUCCAACGGAGACAAGAGGAAGCAGGUGCUGAAACUAACAAGAUGUCAGAGAUGUGUCCAGAUGUGUGCCCAGCACGUUAUUCAUGGCCUCGUCACAAGCCUCAGAUGCCGCCCUCAGCCUGCGGCCCAGGAGGCGGGACCCUUGCUUGGUUACUUGGUGAACAGGUGGUGAGCCGGGAUUUGAACCCAGGUGCAUGGCCUUUUCCCUUGUCACCUCCAGCAGCCAGGCAGGAUGUGCUGGGCAAUAAGGAGUCACAGCAUAUUCCUGAGCAGGGGAGAAACCUGAGUGUGUGUCGUCGUUGCAUGGUGCGUGGCGGCUCGUAGCUGCUUAGCGAACAUGGGCUGAGAGCUGGGGGACGAGGAAGGAGGAUGUUAGAGAAACAGGGUCCUUAAAUGUGUGUGUGGAAGGAGGGGCAGGUUAUGAAACCUGGUGAGAAUUUGUGUUAUAUACGCGUAUGCAUAUGCACACAUUUGUGUAUCUGGAGGUGCAGGUGUGUGUGUGUGUCUACACCGACCCAUAUGUGCUGCACAGAACAGCUUUGGCAGGAAAUCCAAGAGACUGGUCACAGUGAGGGAUUCGGUGGCGGGCGAGGAGUGGGUAGGAGAUUCCCUUCACCUUGUACACGGUUUUGAACUAUUGGAUUUUUACCAUGUUCACAUACGACCUAGUGCAAAAAAAUUAUUUUUAAAACAGCCAUGGUUCUAUUAUAUGCGGGUGUGGGCAGCUCUCUGAGAUAAACCAACUGAAAAAAAUAAAGGUUCAGAACAGUAGGUAUGACAUGAUUUUAUGUCUGUAUGACGACGCUUAUAUAGAUGUAUACAAAUGUGGUUGACAUAGAUGUUUCUGGAAGAAUUCCUACGAUGCAAAGACGAAAACUGGUGCUGUGUUUGCAAAGUGAAAGCCACUGAUGAGCGGUAGGA